AUGACAUAUAAUCAAUUCAAUAAUAUGAAUCAAAAUAAUAAGGAUCGAUUAUAUAAUGGUGAUAGUCUUCAACAAACACUGAGAGAUAUUGCUAAUAAUGAUCAUCAGAGACAAACACGCACAAUAAAACGACAAUUAACAAAGUUAUAUAAUACUGAAGUUUCAAAACAUGCAAUUGACUUCGCAUCAAAAUAUCACUAUAUUCCAUUUAUAAUUGAAUGUGAACCAAAGCUAACUGACAAGAAAAUAGUAUUGAAAAUCGUAAAUGAAUGGUUUGUUUAUAUCAAAGAUGAUUUUAGACGUCAAAAUCCAACAUAUGCAUCGCCAUUGUUAGCGGAUCUGUGGUGGAUCGAUGGAAAGGGAAAUUUAAGAAUGAUAAUAAAAUCAAAUGAAAUUUAUGUCUAUCUAACUAAAAAAGAACGAUAUCCAGAGGAAGUACUGAAGAUAAAAAUAAAUCCCCAUCCUCCUCAACAUCUUCCCAUUCAGUUAACGGCAAUCAUCAAAUGGCUAAAUCAUAUUAUUACGUUAAACGAUUCAGAAGAAGAACUAAAGUUAGAAUUUAAAUCCAUUUACAAAAUUGAAGUAAUGAUUGGAACAGAAAAUGACAAGAACAGACAUGUAUGUAUCGAGUUAGAAAAUAAAACUGAAUUUGAUUCACUUCUAAAUAGUGGAAUGAUCACUAUAUACGGCCAGGUUUAUCACGUCACGGAAUAUUUACCUUCGUCUCGACUCACUAUGUGUUCUCAGUGUAAUUUGCCUGGUCAUACAAAAAAGACCUGCGAAUGUCCAUCGCCUGUGUGUCAUCGUUGUGGGGGAGACAGAACUAAUAGAGAAGAACAUUUAAAUUGUCCAAUCGCAUGUCAUAAUUGUGGAGAGAAUCACGUAUCUACUGAUUAUAAAUGUCCAGUACUACAAGAAUUUCGUGCAAAACUGAUCGAUGAGCUAAGAAAAAAUCCUAAUAGGCACCCUCCAGAUGUUCAGCUAUUCAUUCCCAGCAAAUACAGACAAUUAAAUGAUCGAGCAAAGAAAAUCGUCGCUCCGCUUCUUCGUUCAUCUCCACCUUUUCAAUCUCAACAGAAUUCAAAAUUCUAUUAUAAUAAAAAUGAUACGAACGGAUGGCCAAAAUUGAAUGAACCGAUGAAUACUACUUUAUCACCAUCAACAACUAGCACAAAUAUUAAUGAAUGA